GACAAGGCAGUACCAGCACUUGUGGACCUUGCAGAGAUAUCAGCUCUAGGUGAUCACAAGAAGCUUGGUGAUUCCAUUGUAAAUGUUCUUCAGGAAUGCAUUCAAUCACAAGGGAGUGGACGUAACUCUGUCAGCAACCGCACAAAAGAACAGAUUGAGGAACUACUUAACUCUAGGCAGAGAUUGAAGUGGGAAAAGAGUAUGCCAAAAGAGGAUCUCCACAUUAAACAGGCAGCAGCACUAGUGGUGAAGCUUGAAGGAAAUUCCCUGUUUUCAUCAGGAAAUAUAUCUGGAGCUGCAUCAAAGUACUCAGAAGCACUGGCAUUAUGUCCAAUGAGAUCCAAAAAAGAGAGAGUGGUUUUGUACAGUAAUCGUGCCCAGUGUCAUCUUCUGUUGCAACAACCCUUGGCUGCCAUAAGUGAUGCUACACGUGCUCUCUGUCUUCACAACCCUCUUAACCGUCAUGCCAAAAGCCUGUGGAGGAGAGCUCAGGCAUAUGACAUGCUGGGAUUAGCUAAGGAGAGCUUGUUAGAUGCAAUUCUGUUCAUAAAUGAGUGCUCUCAGUCAAAUGACCCUGAUCUUUCAUUGAGGCAGAAUAAGGUUCCUGACUAUGCUGAACGAUUAGUGAAGAAGCAGAUGCGUGCAGCUUGGUUAUUUAGGGAGGCAGCUAUCAAACUUGGGGGUGUCCACUGUGAUGGUGAUGCUGGUGACAUCUAUGGCCAUGAGACUGAUGAUUCUGAGUGGGAGACUGCUAGUGAAAGUGAUAUAGGAAAUGAUGGAAGGGAUGAGAUGGGUGAUGAUGAUGAUGACAGUGAAUGGAAGAAUGAGGAUGAGAGGAAAGAUAAAUAUGAUAAACCCUCGAUUAAAGUGUUGGAACCUUGAUAUGGAACAGACAUAAAGCAUGGAUACAACUUGCAGCUUGCAGAGGAUGAACCAUAAAGUGAGCCAUCAUUCCAUGGAAACACUUAUUGUCACAGAACAAGGCCAUGAAUUUAGCAGCUUUGGGUAAAGUGAUUCCAUGUUCAGCUGGGUGAAGAGAUUUCGGCUGCCACCUCGAUACAGUAGUGAUCGUGUCUUCUGUCCCAUAUCAAGCAGGUUGGAAAGGAAUCUGCUUUUGGUCAUUGUGUUUGACAGUUAAAACAUUGCUUUGUCUUUCUUCUUCAUUGUUAUAAUUUUUUUUUACCAAUUUUUCAUGUUAAAUUCAACUGUAGAAAAAUGAUAAGAUUUUUGAGAGUGAUUUAAGAGGAUUGUAUAUAUGAAACCUUGGGGGCUUAUUAUUGACUU